CAGAGCUUCACCCUCCUCACGCUCUCGCCGUUCGUUUAUUAACUUCUGACUUUUAUUACUUCUGUCCAGAUAUUUUUGAUCUCACGACGACGACAAGAUGUGGAAGUCUGUGGUGGGUCACAACGUGAACGUGAAGGUGGCGUCUGAGGGGGACGACUGGGAAACAGACCCGGAUUUUGAGAAUGAUGUAUCAGAGCAGGAACAGCGCUGGGGAUCCAAAACCAUCCAGGGUUCAGGACGCAAAGAGCACAUCAGCGUUGCAGAUCUCAGACAGAAGGUAUCUCAGGAACAUGACAUCGUGAAGAAGAAGGAGAUGGAGACGGGACCCAAAGCCUCAUACGGAUACGGAGGAAAAUUCGGAGUGGAGAAGGACCGCAUGGACAAGGAUGCAGUGGGGCACGGCUAUGUGGCAGAGGUGGCACAGCACUCAUCCCAAACGGACGCAUCAAAGGGUUUCGGGGGGAAAUUCGGUGUACAGAAGGACCGCGUGGACCAGUCCGCUCUGGGUUAUCAGUAUAAAGGAGACGUGGAGCAACACGCCUCUCAGAAAGAUUACUCUCAGGGGUUCGGGGGUAAGUUCGGGGUGCAGAAGGAGCGAGUGGAUAAAGCAGCUCUGGGUUACGACUACAAAGGAGAAACCGAAAAACAUCAAUCACAAAAAGAUUACUCUCAGGGAUUCGGGGGGAAGUUCGGGGUGCAGAAGGAGCGAGUGGAUAAAGCAGCUCUGGGUUACGACUACAAAGGAGAAACCGAAAAACAUCAGUCACAAAAAGAUUACUCUCAGGGGUUCGGGGGGAAGUUCGGGGUGCAGAAGGAGCGAGUGGAUAAAGCAGCUCUGGGUUACGACUACAAAGGAGAAACCGAAAAACAUCAAUCACAAAAAGAUUACGUGAAGGGGUUUGGAGGACGUUACGGUGUGGAGGAGGAUCGUAUGGAUCAGAGUGCGGGAUCGUUCGGAGAGAUGCAGUCUCCAACCUCAUCCUACCAGAAAACGUUACCACUGGAGACCUCGAGCACUGGAGCCGGAAAUCUGAAGGCUCGGUUCGAGAACAUGGCUAAAACCUCUGAGGAGGAGAACAAGAGGAGAGCCGAGGAGGAACGGGCGAGGAGAGGAGCUCGAGACAAGAGGGAACGAGAGGAGGCGGCGAACAAAACCAAGGUCCAGAGCAGAGAGUACGAGGAGGAGGAGCAGAAACCUCCGGUCAUUCCUGAAGCUACGAAACCGGCGCAGGACUUCAGACCGCUUCCCGAAGUCCCACGAGAGGAGCCUGAGGUGGACGAGCAGCCGGACGAGCAGCCGGACGAGCAGCCGGACGAGCCGGUCGAGGACUCCACCGAACCACCCACGCUGCCCCCCCGAUCCGCCGACCUGCUGGCCGAAGACGCCCCCCCUCCUCUUCCUCACCGACAGACGGACGAUCCGCAGCCGCGCCCUGACGAAGUGGAUUACGAGGAAAUGGGAACGGCUGAGCAGGCGGUUGCUGAGAACGAUUAUGAAGACGUGGGUCACGUGAAGUCAGCGCGGGCACUGUACGACUAUCAGGGGGAGGCGGACGACGAGAUCUCCUUCGUGCCCGAUGACAUCAUCACCCACAUCGAGCUGGUGGACGAGGGCUGGUGGAGAGGAAGCUGUAAUGGUCGUACUGGUCUGUUCCCAGCAAACUUCGUGGAGCUCAUCUAGCAGAACCAGAACCGGAAACCUGCUGAUGGACGGGUUGCCAGAUCUGUCCCAAAGCUUCCUGCUUUUUUUUUUCUUGUUAGAGUAACUUAAACUCGACCCUGCGUCCACAUAAUAACGACUCGUGUGAAUCACGUUACGCUGCAGAUUUUUAUUGUUUAUUAGAGAAAUGUACUUCUGAAGUGUACUUCUAGUUUGAACUAAACCGGGGUAAACCGGGGUAAACCUCCGGUUUAGCCGAUCAUGUCUGUGUUGACGCCUGGCUGGCUGAUAGCACCACUAACAUUCGAACCCUCACCGACCGCAAUCUUAUAUCAUCAAAUAUAUAAUAAACAUGUAAAGAAAACA